UGUUAUAAAUUCUACUUUUCUAUAACUAAGUCUUGGCUAGAAAGUGAAUCUAUUUGUGAAGAAGAUGGCGGUUCAUUAUAUUUAGCUAACUCUCAAUUCAAAUUAAAUCUGAUACGCCAAAAUCUUGUCAAUCAUUUCGGUGUCGGAGUAGCAGCAUUUGUAUAUCUUGGAGCUACUGACACUCACGAGGAGGGGAUAUGGAAUUGGUUCAAUGGAGAACCAGUAAAUCGAGAUAUGUUUAGGCCUGGUACGCCAGAUAACUAUCAAAACAAUCAACAUUGUAUGUGUUAUAGAAUAGAUAGUGCUGGUCUAAGUGGUUUAGAUGAUAAAACCUGUAAUGUUAAAGGGAACUUUAUUUGUGAAAUUAUCCUGAAAGAUGGAUAA